CACAUGCGCGCUAAAGUGCAUGCAUAAAUGUGAGCUUGCUGCACUUUGCUAGCACAACCGUUUCUCUAGCUCUGAGUGUAAUCAUGAAGCUACUAGUUGUUUUUUCUCUUCUCUUGGUUGCGGCCUGUGUUUCUGUGCAAGGCCAGACUUGCACCGGUCGCAGAGUUACUCCAGACCUUCCCGACUUCAACCACAAUGUCUCUGGAAUCCUCUACAUUCAAGACUCUACCACAUACUGCAUACAGAACUUCUAUUACGAUGGAGCAGGUCCUGAUGCGUUCCUUUACCUGUACCUUCCUGGGGACCCAACAUUCAUCAAGGGAGGAGGUGUCAUCACACCUGUACCUGGACGAGAGGACAUUCGAACUGGUCAGUUCGAGGUGGGACGAAGGUAUCUAGGAGAGACACUCAUUUUCCAAGUACCUGACGGGCACAGGACGUGUGAUUAUGGAGCCUUUGGUAUCUGGUGUCGAUAUGCAUCCCAGCUGUUCACAGCUGUCACCUCACUAGAACCUAACUUUUCGCUUGAUGGUGCCGAUAGCACAAUUGUGUGCACCCCUUCACCUGGUAGAGCCUUCCUUGGUAGCCUGCCCACCGACAAUAAUGGUAUCAGUGGUGAUGUGUUUGCAGUGUCCAACAAACAGUUCACCAUCCGAGACUUCACUUAUGAUGGCUCAGCGGCAGAGGAGGUAUCGUUGUAUUUUUUCCGCCCUGGAGAGACUGCUGUCCCCAGCGACACUGCUGGCGUUAAGCUUGGGACUGCAUUGCCUUCUGGUACACCAGUUGAUGAGGCUGCUUUUGAAAUUGUCAUUCCAGAGGCUAUGGAUAUAUUCACAUGUGAUUUUUCCACUCUGGUUAUUGCUGGCAAUGAAACUCUGGCCACUCUCACUAUUAAUCUAGGAACUGCCUAUGCCAACAACCAAGAUCUGGCAGACCAUGACCGAUCCCUAGUGUUCUGCGAUCGUCCUGCCACUCGCCCCGGGGUACUUGUAGGAGAGCUGACCAGUGAGAGCAAUGGACUUGGAGGAACCUUCUACGUCCGUGACGACAAGACCUUCUAUAUACAGCUGUUUAGUUAUGACGCCAGGGCAACAGCUCCCACUCUCUAUUACUACCGCAGAGGUCAAGAGGUCGAGGACACAGGUCACGGUUACAGGAUUGGGUUCAGUAAUACAAUGGAAUCAUUGCCGUCUGGUCUCUCCAAUUCUUACAAGAAGAUCACUCCAUUCAUUGUGAAUCUCAACUAUGCUCUAGACGAGGAUGAUGUGAGUGCAUGUGAUGUGGAGUGGUUCACCAUCUGGGACCCAAACAACAACGAACACUUCACCAGGAUACAGAUCCCUGAGAGCAUCUUUACAGAGGAUGCGAAUGAUGCUGGCAUUGCCCAAAGGACCCGUGUGCUUUGCUCACAGACGAACGCUGAGCCCACACCGCGAGCUGGAGCUCCGCCCACUGUUUCCCUCGUUAGCACCCUCACCAUCUGCGUUAUUGUCAUGGUUACCAUGCUACUCAAGGCCUGAGGGACCAAGUGUAUAGAGACUCUUUUAUUGUAGCUACAGUAGGUGUAACAUUGAGUGUAGCAUUGAGUACUCCGUAGAUUUCCUGAGUGAACAUUUAAAUAUGAUUUUUAUCGUGUACACAAAUGAAACAGCUAUAUAAUUGUUAUUGAGAGUAAA